CCAUGCAACCUUGGCCACAUAUGACCUUGACCCAUCAGUGGGGAAGCAUACCCGCUGCUCUCUCAACCAAGAAGCUGUGUUCUCCUUUGGCUGACCUCCACUAAACUAUGACGGAGCUCCUUUGAGGCUAGAAUGGAACAUAUUGUCUGCUUGAAUGGGCAGAAAGCAAGGGUGAUGGUCAGUGCUAGAGGAAGGCUUCAGUUCUGACCCGGCAGCGCCAAGAGAAGAGAGAAGGAGGGCUCCUAAAUUAGUAGCUAAGAAGCAAGAGAUGUCUAAGCAUACAUUUGAGAGUGCUGAAGAGGAAACACUUCUUCCUCUUAAUCAUGAGAAAAAAGACAGUGGUCGGCCCCGCAAACGAAAUCCAUUCAGUUUAUUUUCCUGGGGAACUAAGAAGGUGAAGGAGGAUCCCGCUGAACAAGGACAAGCUGUGCUCACUUCAGCCACCAACGACUGGCACCUGGCGAAUCCUGAUAAGGAAUCCAUCACAGUCACGCUACAUGGUGCCAGCAAUUUACCCUCUACCCGGAAGGGGCACGUUCCCAAUCCCUUUGUCAUUGUCAAAACCACCUCGGAUGAAGAGAACAAACAGCCCAGCCAAGGGGUGACCCACACAGCUGCUCAGCCAACACACACCCCUACCUGGGAUGAGAAAGUGACUGUGGAAAUCGAAUCACAUAAGUCUGGCGAAGAAGAGGUGUUCCUGAUAGUAGCUGACAAGGACACCAAGGAGAUCUUGGCAAGAUACAGUAUUCCUGUGAAGUACCUGCGUCCCUUCCAUCACUAUCACUGUGCCCUGGUAUUGCCUCGGAAGAAGGACCCGACAGGGACAAAACUGUACGCUACCAUCAUCCGGAAAGGCAGCCUCAUCCCGCGAUAUGGUGGAGUGAAUUACACAGGCCUGGAGGUUUUUCUCCAGGGGAUCAAUGAAUCUCUAGCAAAACCUGAGAGCAAUAUCUUAGCUAUUGCUCGAAUUGUGAAUAAUGUAAAUGCUUACACAAAAGAGAUGGCAUCCCGGUCACAUGAUGCUUCUCCAGCCCCGUUCACGGUUGUCAACUUCCCAGAUCCCAUAAUGGAAGAUUUUGAUGUCCCGCGAGUCACCAACCAGGGAUACCCCCAGAUUUCUGCUGCUAAUGAACAUCCCGAACAACCAGUGUGGAAUGCGUCCUACCUGUUCCAAGGCAGGGAUGGAGCCACCGCUUUUUCAGAUGAUACCGCCCUGGUAAUUGAGUACUACAGACCAAAAACGGACAUUGAAAGCCAACCCAAACCCUUAGGUUUUUCUGUGCUGCCGCUGAGUAAUCGUGUGUAUCGGAAGCUUGUGGCAGACAGCAGCAGAAACGGGAUCCGUGUCGAAAAACUUCCAAUCGAGAGGACAGACAUGAAAACCACAUCUGGAGAAGCACCGACAGUCCAGAUUGGUCUGCAGCUGAUCAAUUCAGAGAGGCCAGAUGUGUUUCUGAGUUCAUCUACCACUGAUGUCCUUCCCGUCUUGGAUCCAGAGCUGGUGGGAAAGCUUGGGAAUAUCAAAGAGCCAUGGAUAAGGUCACCUUCCAAGACGGAAAAGAAUAUCACCGUCCUUAAUGUGGCCCAUGAGCAGAAGUCCUACAUUGAACCCGGUCGCAAGAGUUGCUACCUCGACCUAUCAGAGCUGCCAAGAGACAAUUUUCCAUCCCAUGAUGCUGUGGCCAAGAUCCUGCCGGAAGAUCAGGUGCUCAGCAAACCCAUCAUCGAAGAAGUACACGACCACCAUGAUCUGGAGAUGGACAAUUACCGCACAGCCAUGAAGAAGAUGGCAGAUGAUAUCCUCUCUUUACGCCAGCAUGUUAGCAACCUGGAGGCUGAGAACAGCACUCUGCGACGUAACCUGGCCUUGCACGAGGAUGUGGGCCGGGCCCUGUUACAGGACAUGGACCUUGAUGUGAUGACCAAGGCAGAGAUAGUAGACAGGAUAAUGUCCCUGAAGCAGAAGCUCUCCACUGGGGCUCGGGAGAUGGCCAGAAUGAAGGACCGGGUUCAGAGGCUACAGAAUGAAUUGAUUCGGAAGAAUGACCGGGAGAAGGACCUAAUUAUGCUGCAACGAGCUCACCAGCAGCAGCAGGUGGUGAUGAGGAAAUACCAGGCCAAGAUAAGCAAGAUGAAAGCUCUGGAAGAUGCAGUGAGGCAACAGGAAAAGGUUAUUGAGAGGAUGGAAAGGAUGCUGGAAGACAAGAUGAAGGAUCGGUUCAAAGAUGGAGCCCCAUUCAUGAAUGGACACAGUAGCACAACAAUCCCAGGUGACCGGUGGUCCAAGGAUCUCUACGCCACUCUGAUGAUGGAGAACACCAGACUGCGGGAUGAACUGGGCAAAACCUCCUACCGCUCUGCACCCAUCAUAUUGCAGCAGCAAGCAUUACCAGAUUCGUUUUCUGCCAACAGUGAAAAGCUCUCAUUGGUUUCCAAGUUGGAGAAGGCCGAGGCACGCAUCCAUGCUUUGGAAUGGCAGCUGGAGGAAUCUGCCAGGAGAUGGGGGCGAGAGAAGCAGGACUUGAGCUCACAUCUUCUGGAAUAUGACCAUGCCUUUGGCCGUUCCCCGAGCUCCCUCAUCAUACAUGAUAUUUUGAAGGAUGACAAGGAAGGGAGAGGGGAUGAAGAUCUGAAGAAGACAAAGAAGACUAUUCCAGAGUCGCCAACACAGCUGAAGAAGUCUCAGAGCCUUCACCCUGUGCGGUAGCUCUGCAGGACCCAGUGGCAUUCCACACACUAUAUGGGGACAGAUUAUCUAUUGCAAAAUAUGCCCCAGGUUAUAGCCUUCAUCCCUGAAGGGCUGAGCCGUGGAUAGGCAUCUCUGAAAAGCUUAAUUAAAGUCUCAGCACCUGA